CCCGACGCAUGUGUAACUGCAGCUGCGACUCAAGACCAUGUCCAGAGCCAAAUAAGUUCGCCUCUCCGGGCUGCCUGCAUUUCCAAUCGCCUGCCCUGCUGUCCUCAAAUGGCCAAAUCACUGAAUAAUCCGCCUGUCGGGCAGUCACUUUUCCUGGUUUUGAUUCCAAGAUCGCGUUCAAAACGUCUUUUCUUGGAAAAAGUCUUCCCAGUGUGGAGGCAAUCGGGUCUUCUAGUAUACGCUGAUGGCAGUUUCUUGCCCCGCCAUCUCACCUGGCUUACGCAUCAUCUAAUGGCGCCUUCGUCGCAUACAUCUUUGUCUUCCGAGCAGUUUGAGAAGCAGACGACAAAGACACAACCAGUAAAGUCUAUUAUUCCAAGUGGGCGGCCAUGGAUUUCUGACUGGCUGAUUAGGUGA